UCAUCUUUGUCCUGCGGUCUGCAAUGGCUAGGGUGGCGUUGGUCGCUGGCUUGAUGGCCGUCUAUGCCUUGUCUGUCUCCGCCGCGGUUGCUGCUCCGCCACCCGCCGACUGCUCCAACGUCGUCACUAGUCUGUUGGAUUGCUUGCCCUUCGUGACCAAUGGCAGCGACACCGCCAGCCCCAGCAAGGCGUGCUGUGCCGGUGUUGCCACUGUCGUUACCCAGAGUCCGGUGUGCAUCUGCCAGUCGCUGGACGAGGCUUCCAAUCUCGGCAUCGCCCUCAAUAUUACGCGUGUUGUUGGCCUCCCCGUCGCUUGCUCGGUGCGGGCGCCCAAAGUUCAUUGCGAUGCUGCAAGUCCUCCAGGUGGUUCUCCACGUGCAGCACCCACACAUCCAUCGCCAGGUCCAUCACCAUCACCAUCAGGACCACUGCCAUCUCCAGGACUGUCACCGCAUCCGGCGCCAACUACACCGCCCUCGCCACCUUCACCGCCGCUCCCAACGCCAGACCCUCCUUCGUCGCCAGCAACUCCAUCGCCAAGCACGUCAGUUGAACUUUCUCCGGCUCCGGCCGCCGAUGGAGCGCCGGAGGAAGCCCCGUCAUCUGAUGCGCCAAAGCUCACAUCUCUUCCCCUCGUCCUUGCUUGCUGUCUUCUCUGGCUUUAUCUGCUGGUUUAGACUAGUAUAACGUCUGGGUCUCAAGUCUCUGAUUCCAAGUUCUUUCUCGAGCUUGUUUGUUGUUAGAUUUGUAGUUGUUGUUAGUUUUAGAUCAUCAAGCAUUUCAUGAGUUUUUAUUUGUGUAAUAACGGUUGAGAGGA